AUGGCACGCGACAAGGAACGAACAAUCAAUCCUGCACAGCAACAACGCAAGCUUGAGAAACAGAAGCAGCUCAAGAAGAGUCGCGCGGAACUACAGGCGAGACGCAACGAAAAAUUGGCCAAACGAAACCCCGACCGCAUUGAGCGCCAAAUCCAAGAUCUGAAUGCCCUCGAGGCCUCGGGUGAAAUCAAACCUCGCGAAAAGGCCAUCCUAGAAGACCUCGAGCGAGACCUCCGAGCCGUGCGCAAGGCCAGAGAGGCACUGGGUGAGAAGGCGCCCAUUUUUGGUGGUCGCAGACGAGAAGGAGAAGGCGACAGUAACAAUCACGUUCUCGGAAAAAGAAGGCAUAACGGAGAGCGCAAGCAAACUAGCUACAGACAACAAGAAUCUUCGGGAAGCGACACCGACGAUUCUGUCCGCCGCAUCCCCAUGCCAGAGGAUACACCGCCGCCAAUUCCUCGCGAGUUCCGACGGGGCAACAAUUUCAACAGGGCUUCUGAUCCUGAUGAUCAACCGCAAUCACAAGGAAACUCAAAAUCUUAUAAUAAGCCACCCAUCCCUGUGGUUGAAUCGAAGACAAUGUAUUCAAGCGCGCCUCAGAUCCGCGACCUGAAAAAGGAAGCGGUCGGGCGUUUCGUUCCCGACGUUGUCCGCCGGAAGCAGCAGGCUGCCAAAGGCGGACUGGCAGGACGCCUGCUCGAGCCAGAGGAGAUGGACCGGCUAGAGGCAGAGGGCUACCUUUCGCAGAAACAGAAGCAGGUCGAAAAGGAGCCGGCAACGGAGGCAAGCGCCGACGCUCCCACCUCCUCCACAACGAAUCUGGAAGACAGCCACGCCAGGAGAUUGGAAGAGGAAGAGCGGCGCCUCCUCCAAGAGCUGGAGAUGCAGGACGACCAGAUAGGCGGUGUUGAUGGUAAGAGUACUGGUACGGAAGCUCUCCCACAGAGGCCAACUAAUCGACACGUUGAAAUCGAAGAAGUCAAAGACGAGGAUGCAUAA